ACCUCCCAAUCAGUUCCUCACGGUAAACCGGCCUGAGUGGUUCUCUCUCGUUUUGUCGGCCGUCUUUCCGCGUCCCUCUCUCUUUCUUCCUUUUUCUCUCUCUCGCGUACGCUCGCUUACGGAGCGUUCUGAUCUCUCGCGUUCUCGGAUUCUACGAGCUAACAACGCGUCCGAACAGUGAUACCUCUUCGAGCUGGCGAGAUCGUGCUCGUCUUGCGCUCGUACCCGCGAUUCAAGUGCGAUCGAUAAGUUGGUUUUGACAAGCGCACGGACUCCGGCCGCCCCGGUGAACGAGCCACGCCGUAGCUCUCUUCCACUCUGCAUCUCUGUGAGGAUUGUGUCUCUUGCUUGUGGAUAUUACGCAUCGCAGGGAAUCUCUCACGCAGCAGGAAUAAAACAUAGGAUGGGCCGAGCCGUGCAAAGAAGUGUUGUUCAACAUUGAAGAGGAGGAGUAUCUUAAAAAAGCGAGAGAAGCAGGAAAGCGUGAAGGAUGCCUGCUUCGUCGCAAACCGCCGCAACCGAGCGGCGAAACGAAAGGACGCAGACGCACGAACCACCGAAAUUGAAAACGACUUUAAAAACGCCUCCUAAGCAAGCGACUAAUCCUUUACAAUUUGUCAAAGUUGGACCAUGUUCGCUGUAUCGAACUGCACAGGAGCAAUUGCAAAAAGUUCAAGAAGUGAAAAAGAUCAAACAGGAAGUACGCGAUGACCCCGAAGAUUGGCAAUCGAAUCUAGACAACUGGAAGAGUAGCCGGAGGAAGCGGCAGGAACAUAUAAUCGAGCGAGUGGUAGAGGUAAAGAAACUCGAAUUAGAGGAACAUGACCGCCAGCGUCGUCGGAACAAAACUUUCUCGGAGAUGAUGGAGGAGCGUGGUAACAGAGGCCGUAAGAUGAGCAUCAGCUUAGCCAUGUACAACGACGAGGAUGCGAACGAUCUUAGCGAUCUCGGAAUUGGUACUAGCAGUGGCAAGAGCUCCGUUAGCGGUGAUACGCAUGAUGACACGCACAGUGUUUUGAGUGACAGAGAUAGUGAGAUUGAAAAAAAUCAUUCGGACGUGGAUAACGUCACCGAUAUCACUACAUCUAUAGCAACGACUGCCACAACGCUGACCACAACGGCAAUAACAAUCGCGACGUCAUCGGAGGCAGCGUCUACCGCAUCAACGACAACAACAACAACGACGGAAACAACUACGCCGAUGUCAACUGUAAUCGCAACGACGAGCGCAACACCAACGACGACGACGUCCCCGGCGAGGAAAGUGUUUGGCGGUGGCUUUCACGGCAAUCACAAUCACAUUCAAGAGUACGAUUCCGCUAAUACCGCGACGACAAGCUCUCCUGAGCCGGAGGAGUACACAUACGAGGGCGCGAUUCGCGGUUACGUAUCGAGAGUGUCGCAAAACAUACCGAGGAGAUCUGUAACCGGGAUCGACUCUAAACUAGACACGGUCAAGUCGUCGCUGAACGGUUCAAAGACGAACUUGAACGACGACAGUGAUAAAUCGCCGUUGUCGGUGGUGAAGGUGGACAUACUGAAGAGGCGCGAGGUAUUCGAGAAAGCGUCUCAGAAGAACAGCGACAAUAAAAUGAACAACAGGCUGUCCGGUGAUUUCACCGGUACGAAAUCGAUCAAAGAAAGGCUGUCGAGUCUCGAGCGACAGAAAUACGAAACGGAGAACGGCGACAAGGUUGCCAACAAGUCGCUGAACCGAUUGUCCGGCGAUAUGAGCUCAAUUCGGGAGAGGCUCACCCACUUGGAGAAGCAAGCUUCGGAGCGAGAGAGCAAGAGUUCCGUUCACCGUAAGCUCAGCACGGAGGAUAUGGAGACAGUGAGGCCUCUCAGAGAGCGACUGUCCACUCUGGAGAAGUACAGCAGCAGCGACGAGUCUUCGGUGCCGGCCGCAACGAACGAGACGCGCUCGCACAACGGCGAGCUCUCCGCCAGGACGAUCAAAGAUCGACUCAGUGCGCUGGAUACCACCAGGAGCAAAGAUGCGACGGACAAACGAGGACCUGCGCACGUCGGCAAACACCCGCUCUGCUUCCGAGACCCAGAGAACAGAGUCGAUACGUCGACGCCUAGCGAGAGGAGUUCAUCGCCUGAUUCGGAAUAUCGUGUACCGCGGGCCGUCUUCCACAGGAGUUUAGAUUCCUUGGACGCGGACGCGUCCAGCGGGCCGGACACCUUUGAACGCGUGCAAAGCCUCGAAGAGCUUGAUUACGGACGACGGUAUCCAGCCUCGUCGUCGUCCGCUGAGCUUUUGAACGACACAGAUCGCGAGGAUUCGGGUAUCCACACCGCGGAUGUGAGUUGCUCGGUUAGCCAAGCGGAUGAGCCGAUUGAUGAGGAAAUCGUGCAGCAUACAAGCAGCAGCGCGAUUGUCGAGCGACGAGAGGUCACUGUCGAGGAGAGAGUCAAAGCUACAUCUGCUGUUCAAGAAGACACGCCGGCGCCGAGCACGACGAUCGAAGCGUCGAAUGACACCACGGCAACGACUACGCAUUCACAGUUCGCCAAUCGGGAGGCAGCAGCGGUGAACAAGGGUACUGCUGACAGCUCUGGGGAACUAUCGACUAACAAAUCACAGCCGCAGGCGCACGUAAAGACCACUAAUUCUAAUAUACUUCGUUCGCAUACCUCCGUGCCUCGCGCGGUCACCCUUUCGAGUUCCAAGGUACCUUCGCGUGAAAUAAUUCCCGAGAGCCUCGCGAAACCGCGAUCAUUCGGCAGAGACGCCGUCGAGCUAAAGACAGAUUCUGAACCGAGCCCUAGCGAAUCCAUAGUAUCGGCUAGUUUGAAACUCUCCAUCGAACAGGCGAGGAAAUUCGUCGGUCAAGCGAAACGGCAGAACCUUUCCAAGGAAUACUCCUCCAAUCUCCCGUCUCUGCCGUCCUCGGACGCCGUCCCCAGCGCGGAAACUUAUCAAUUAUCGUUUCCCUCGCUCAGAGCGACGACAGUUGCAACUAGCCUCCCUCUCGAAACAAAUCCAGUUUCCAAGCCGGCGUUUUCUCGAACCAUUUCUAAGAUUCCCACUCCUCUGUCUCGAAAAACUACGAAAUCCUUACCGACGAGUUCCGAUUCUGUCUCGACCUCGUCGGCUCUGUGCACUGCCGCUCUCAAAGCCUCGCCUUCGAAGGCGCACAACGCGAGUAACAAAUCCUCAACGAGUCAGCCUUCCUAUUCGAUUCCGAGAACGUCCGACGCGGCGCUUUCCGCGAGCGUCGACUCCUCCGCGCCCGUAUCCUCGCAAGUGAGUUCGACGGAGCAACCUCCCCCCUCUCCCUCGUCGAGACUUUCCUCAGCGAGCGCGCGACAUAGCUGCGAAGAAGCGUUACUACCUGCGGAACGACGUCGAACCGUAGUGGAGGUGUGCGAGAAGGUGGUGGUACCUCAAGGCAAGACUCCCACGACACCGCCGGUGACGCCGUUUAUCACGGUGAACCGCGUCAACGCGGACAAGCAGAGCUCCAUAGCCGAGGAACGGAUCGUUAUCGAGAAAGCAGACCAGGAGGAGGCAGCUGCUGUUGCUGCGAUCCGCCCAGCGGCUUCGGCAGUCGAGCACGAGCAGCACGAAACGACGGAGACGACGACGAGCGCCGGGAUGCCAGCCAUCACCACCACCACUACCAUCACUACUACCACGAGGAAGUGCGUCCUCGACACUGACGUUCAUGAAACACCUACUACAGUUGUUACAUCGACAGUCAAUCAUUCGCUGGAACGACCAGCAAAUCUAAGCUUAGCAAAACAGGAAGCUAAUUUGGUCGACGCGUUAAAUGUCCCGAGUCCAGUCUCGCCGAUUUCCAAACAAAUUCUACCAUUGACUCUGUCCAAUGACGAGGAAAUAAUCGCAGAUCAAUCUUUCCUACUAAAUCCACCAACGAGUGUGGAACCACCGAAGGAGAAACCACCACCACCGCCAGUGGACAUUAGUGAUGACGAGAAUCCUCCGCCAGAACCGCUUAAAAGAUUGAACUCUACUCGCAGAAUAAAGAAAGAAUUGCGUACAAGACGUUCGGAUUUCCUCGGUAUUGAAGGGCAGGUCAACGACGAUGAUCUCGAGCCUGAGCUAACGUUGACGAAACCACCCGAUAUGGCGGCGAUCCUCGCUGAGGAGAGACGCAUCGAGCAACUCCAUCGUCGCUCUUACGACACUGACAGUAACUACGAGCAAGAUUCGAGUCACGAGAGAGAUUCCGGGGUCGAAUUGGGCCACGUCGAAGAUUGGGCGAAGCAACCCGUCAGCCCAGACAUGUCACAGCACAGUAGACAGAGUAGCGAGCCCUUUGGUGCUAGUGUGACAUCUUCCGAAGAAGAUGAGAUCACGAAGAAAGAGCGAGAGAUCAUCGAGGUUCUCGAGAAAGAGGAACAAUGGCGAUACGGAGAUAAUCGUGAAUAUAACAGUGACUUGGGGGAAAGAUUGGCCCACAAAUUACGUGAGCUCGAGGAAGAGAAGAUGCAAUUGGAGAGGGAAGCUAUAUUGCGCUGCAACGAGGACGCGUUUCGCAAGAAGGACGACAACGCACGCAAGCAGGAGGAUGCUUCCGCGCACGAGCAACAGCAGCAGCAGCAGCAGCAGCAACAUGAAACAGCGAAACAGCGGGAGGCCCAGGCGCGAACGACAGAGGAGGAAGCGAAGUACGUCGGAGACAAGCGAAAGGACGAGGCGCGUGAGAUACAGUCCGGACAACUGAGGAUGCAAAACGAGAUCGAAGAGAAGGAGCGGAGAGUCGCUGAUGCGUGUCGCAAAGAGGAGAUGCGCAUUCGUUCGAUGGAAAGUCAAAUUCGCGAGCAAGAGAGCAAGGCAUUGGUCGGUGCUGGGUUGAGCAACAACGAAGAUGAAUUCCCUUCCGGGGAAGUGUUGCGAGUGGAAAGGGAACUUUUACAAUUGGAGCAAGAAGAAUUAAAGAGACAGCGCAAUAAUUUGGCUUAUCGCGAACAAAAACAACUUAGAUUGGCCGAGCAACUACAGGAACAGUGGAAAUCCUUGCAGGACGUUGCACAGAAUUCCGUUAAAAACACACAACAAUACAAAUAUCAUACACCUGCCACAGUGAAUUAUAGAUCUUCGAUGCCGAACUUACAAUUUCAAGACAUGUCAAGAAGAAGACCACCUCCUCCACCCGUUCCACUCAAUAAACCACGUAUGCCGGAUCAGAGACAGCGAGAUGUUACUAUCAGGAACAGCCGUAUACCAUCUGCGGACUCGAUUCCUCAACAAGUAGACGCAGCAAUUAGGGAAAGUGCGUCGGCGACGAAUCACGCUGGCCAGCAAAUGUCUAGGCAAACCUUACAAGCAUUAAGCGCAGUACCACGACCACGAAUCGUUCAAGGUGAUCAAUGGGUGCAGCGAAGGAAGAGCGACGUACCGAGAGGCGCACAUGAUGUAAACUAUCAACAUUGGAUUAUUCAGGAGGCGGAACAACGGAGGAUUAAUGAGAGAAACCAACGAUCACCGGCGCGGAAAUCUCAACCACAUGUAACUGGCACCUCUGUGCUAUAUAAUGUUCCAACUCGGACAGAUAGCAAACCGCUACCUGAUUCUAUUAUACAAACUCUAACCCAGAGGGUACAGAAUAAAACGCAAGAGAAACCUCUCUCGGCAAGAAGAAGACCGGAACAAGUUCACAGCCAAGAACACCUAUCGACUAUGCAACCACAACAAUACACGCUGCAGUCUCAAAAGACACAACAUGCACCAGUUGCAAAUACCAACGGAAAUCAAGAAAAAAUGCUGAGCGUGAGCGGAAAGAAAAAAUGUUCGCAUUGCGGGGAAGAAUUAGGUCGAGGUGCUGCGAUGAUAAUUGAAAGCCUACGCUUGUUUUAUCAUAUGGAGUGUUUCAAGUGUUGUGUAUGCCAUGUGCGUCUAGGCGACGGAUUGAUGGGAACGGAUGUACGCGUUCGCAAUCAUAAACUCCACUGUCACAAUUGCUACUCCAGUGACGACGGUGUCAAGUUCAGUUGUGUGUAGAAGCCUGGCGGUUAACGGAAUUAUGCUGGUUAACUUGAUAGUAACACUUUCUGGUUAUAUCUUACUACCUUCGUAAUUGGCUGUUUACCUUUGCCUAAAAGUGUCACACGAGACACACGACAUACAGAAAUAAAUGUGCAUUAAUGUACUUUUUAACAAAUCGAAAAUAGCAAAAGAAACGAUAUCAUCCGUCAAUAUAAUCUUCCGUGCUUUUAUUUCAAAGUAAGAAGUUCACGUAUGAACGCAACUGUUUCUAUCAAUUAAUAAGCGAAGGAUGUAUAUAAGAUGUAUUUAUGUAAUUAGUGUAGAGAUAAGAAAUUGCCGUCGUUGAAACGAUUCAAUGUGGAUGUAGCUGGCGUCGAUUUAAGGACGCUGUAUAUUUUUGUAAUAUAGUUCUCGUACUAUUUAUACCCACAGGUAAAUCUAAUUUCAUCGAUCGAAUAAUAAAAUGUGCGCGAUUGUUUUCUCAAGCAAAAGUCUUCGAAUUUUUCACGUAGGAAGCAAAUAACGCGAAAUCGAAUCUCCGCAGAGAUGAUCGAAUUCUAGCAAUUUCAACUUUGCAGUCGACAAACAGUGGCAGUUCUACCGCUAUGUUAGAAGUUUUAAAGCUCUAGGAUCAAGAGAUACAUAUCAUUUCGAUUGACAUUUCUUAAACGAAGCAAGUUUCAAGUUUUUUUUUAUCAAUUUUAAAAUUUAAUUAUUUUGUUGAAUUGUAUUAAAAUAAAAUUUAUGUUAGUUA